ACACUAAAUAAAGCCUUCAAAGGUUUAAAAUUGUGAAAUUAAAGAGUUUUCUACGGUGUACUCACCCGUAUUCAUGUGUACACCAGAACGCUGAAUGAUCCGCCCCUUGAAUCAGCACGGAGAAAGGGAUCCUUUUAGGAGUGUUCACAAGCGUGAUUUGAAAAAUCUUGUUUUCCGGGACACCCUUCGGGCCGAGGGGGUAUACACUAUCAAAACCUGUGCCUCAGAAUUUAGCUAAAAACACUCGAACAAAAGAAACAGUUUCAUAACAUCGUGGCCUCAGCUGGCAUAAAUUAAUGAACGUUUCCUUGCGUGAGCGGUUAGGAAGACAAAAGCUAGUUCGCACCGCGCUUGGUUCACAUCAGUUUACCCAGUGAGGAGGGCUGGUCACAGUCUUCAGUUUUGUUAGAUGCUGUUAGAGGACUGUAACACUGAAAAAAGAAAGCUUUCGUCUCAACUCGGACUAGUGCUGUAGAGCGGGUCGUCAUUGGAUUGGAGUGAGGCCGUUGCACAAUGGAAGGAGGUUCUUCGAGCAGUGGGGCGGGCCAGUGCAUUUCCGAGGACGCAGCGGCCGUACGCGACAGCUCGCCGCCCAAGCAGACUCGCGGUCGUCCACGGCGCGCCGAUGCGGUGCGCGUCCCCGAACCCCAGUUCAGCCCCGUGGGCACGAGAUCUCGAAGAGCUCAGAAGAAGGAAGUCGCGGAAGAUCUCGACCCCGAGACCAAGGCUUCCAGACCCACAAGGGCUGUCCAGAAAGAGGUUGCUGAAGUUGUUACGACCGGUACCAACACCUCCAGACCUCGACGGGCUAAGGACGUUGCUGGAGAUCUUGCGGCUAAGGCUGAAACCACAAGACCUCGACGGGCUUUUAAAAAGGACGUUGCUGAAGAUCUUGUGCCAGAAGCUGAAACAACUAGACCUCGACGGGCUCUAAACAAGGACGUUGGUGAAGACCUCGUGGCUAAGGCUGAAACCACAAGACCUCGACGGGCUCUUAAAAAGGACGUUGCUGAAGAUCAUGUAGCUGAUGCUGAAACCACUAGACCUCGACGGGUUCUAAACAAGGACGUUGCUGAAGAUCUUGGGGCUGAUGCUGAAUCAACUAGACCUCGACGGGCUCCGAAGAAGGAGGGUUUGGGAGACCUUGAGUCCGAAACUAAGACCAGCGGACCUCAACGCGUUCCGAAGGACGAGAAUGAGAUUAGUGAAGACACUGACUCCAAGGCCAAGACCUCAAGACCUCGUCGGGCUCCGAAGAAGGUGGUUUGGACAGACCUCGAGUCCGAGACCAAGUCCACCGAAUCUCAUCGGGUUUCAAAAGAGGAGGUCCCUGAGGACCUUGAGUCCAAGGUCAAGACCUCGAACCCACGACGAGCUCUAAAAAAUCAGUCCGCCGAAGUCCUGGAAACGGAGGCCGAGCCUCAGACCUCCAAACCACGUGGCCGGAGGCCGGCAGCUCACGCCGUGGAUCCUGUGGUCGCGGCAAGCCGCUCGUUAGAAGGCGAGGUGACUGAGCACCCCACAGGUUGGAGUGAUCUGCCGGCGAAGCUCCUCAUGACAACAUUGAACAUGCUGGGGAAUGAGGAUGUGGUUUCGGCCGGGCAGUCCUGCCGCAGGUGGCGAGCAGUUGCCAAGCAGCACUCCGUGUGGAGCAGGAGGCAGCUGUCCUACGACCUGCCGCCCGCCGCCGACAAGAAGUUCCAGGACUGGCACGGGGGCGCCAAGGCCUUCGCGAGGACCAUUCGCUUCGCGCCGUGCCUGGGCCGCGUCAGCUGUGCCAAGACGCUCAAGGCCGGGGCCAGGAAGGCCAUCGCCACCCAGUCCAAUUGCCAGGUGAAGUCGGCCGAGCUGAACGGGCAGCUGCAGUGGACCGAGAAGUACAUCAGCCGCCAGACGUCGCUGGUGGACCUGACGCUGCUCAACCCCACGGCGCAGGCCCUGCAGACCGCCCUGGCGCAGCCCCAGCUCGGCAGCCUGGCCGUGUCGUACGAGCGGGACACCACCAAGGAGAAGUACCAGCAGAAGUACGCGCACGGCUUCGGCUCGGCCGCCAAGUACCAAGUGCCGGCCGUGCCCAGCGGCACCAAGGGCUCGCUCAAGAAGCUCGUGUGUCACGCAGGGGUCCGCCACGCUGCAGUGCAGGCACUGGUUCUCGCCAACGCCGCCACGUUGGAGGAGGUGGGCGCGCACUGCCUGCCCAUGGCGGCGCUGCAGAAGUGCGCGGCGCUCCGCCGCCUCAUGGUCAAACUGAACCCGGCCAGUGCUUCGGACCAAGACAAGAUACGGCAGCUGGCGAGAGGAGCGGCCUUGGAGUACGUGGCGUUCAUAGGAACGCGCAGCCACGCCAAGCCCUCUUGCGCCGCCCUGCGCGCGUCGCUGCGCAAGCAAGUGCGCGGCUGCACCGUGGUGUGCAGCGCCUGCGAGGACGUCUGCGCCUUGGAGAAGCCCACCUUCGCCUCGAGGGAGGUGCCCGACCUCAAGGACGACGACGACGGCGACCUGGACUUGCACUUUGUGGCCAACCUGCUCCGCGGUUCGGGGCACUGCAAGUGCAUUUGCUGCGCGCAGGGGGAGGCCGAGUGGGGAGACGACGAGCCGGACGCGUAGAGAUUUUGCAGUGCAGUCACUUUUUAAGCCUCAUUUGUGUCCCUCACACAGUAAACUUCUUACGGAUACAUCUUAUCUGUAUUACGGACAUUUUUGUGCAAUUGCAAUUACGGAUAGAUUUUGCUUGUAAUUGCAAUUGCACAAAAAUGUCCGUAAUACAGAUAGGAUGUAUCCGUAAGAAGUUUAGUGAGCAUGUUUUGUUGCUUUCUAUGGUUUCACGUUGUAUCCCUGUCGUACUUCGUUAGUAUUCUUUAUCAUUUGUACCUCUGUUGAAUGAAUCCCUGUAGAUUGCGCACUCUUGCGGUUUAGCGUGUGGGUCCGAACACCGGUGCGGUCUUUCAGUCGGGGUUGCAGGAGCGCAGUGGACCCAACCGGUUGCCUCUCAGCGGCAGCGGACUGAAAGGUCCGAGGGUCAGCCUGCUGCGCAUGUGUCUCGUAGCUUGCACUUGCCGAUUUUCUGUCCAGUAUUUAUUCCUUGUUUGAUGUUUCUUGGUUCAAAAUGCCGUUGCCUUUCAGAAUUCAGAAUGCUAGUAUUUCUUGUGGUUGAAAGCAAGGCUGAGACACAUCAAAACUUGAAUCCAAUUACGUUAGACUUAAUUGUUAUUCAGAAUUGCCCACUACUUCAUUCCGUCUAAGCUAUAGCGGUGUCUUCAGUGCUGAUUACACACCCCCGGAUUAUUCUCUAUGCUUAAGUUAUACCCCAUUGUCAAAUGUACCAAGUAGAAAAACAGUAAUGAAUGAAUUGAAUUGAUAAGUGGAUUAUAAAAUAAAAGUACUUUCACAUAAACCCUUCUA